AGAUGCUUCCAACUUGCAACUGCCAUCGCCGUCAUGGGCCUGAUGGCCUACGGCAUCACAUUCCUUUCCUUCGACGGCGACAACCUCAUGAUGUUCACCGCCAUUGCAACCGUCAUCAUCACAAUCUACAUCAUCGUCGCCGAAACCUGUGCACCAGUCAUCUAUAAUUACUGGGCCAUCCUCGGCCUCGACAUCUUCGCCAUCAUCUUCUGGGUGGUCUCCUUCUCCUACCUCGCCAGCGAAGUCGCCGAAUACCAGAUCGUCACAUACGACGACACGUGCGCGUACACUUACUACGGCUACUGCGUCAAGAAACGAGGCUUCACGCUCUCCAAACGCGACACCACAGACGUCUACACAUACCGCAACAGCAUGGCAGCUGCCUGCGGUCUCGGUGGUCUAGAAUUUAUCCUCUUCGUUAAAACCCUAAUCUGGACAUCCAUCUACCUCCACAAGCACCGCAAGGCUGGCGGGCACUGCAUGCCUAACUCCAAGACCACCGAGCCAGCACACGUCGAG